UCCUCAUUCCACAACUGGUGCCAGUACUCUCAAUCCUCCACUGAGAGAAAAUGUCCAUCCAAGUCGAACAUCCUGCUGGUGGUUACAAGAAACUGUUUGAAACUGUGGAGGAACUGUCCUCACCGCUCACAGCUCAUGUUACAGGCAGGAUCCCCCUCUGGCUGACCGGCAGUCUCCUUCGAUGUGGGCCAGGACUCUUUGAAGUUGGAUCUGAGCCAUUUUACCACCUGUUUGAUGGGCAAGCUCUCCUGCACAAGUUUGACUUUAAAGAAGGACACGUCACAUACCACAGAAGGUUCAUCCGCACUGAUGCUUACGUACGGGCAAUGACUGAGAAAAGGAUCGUCAUAACAGAAUUUGGCACCUGUGCUUUCCCAGACCCCUGCAAGAAUAUAUUUUCCAGGUUUUUUUCUUACUUUCGAGGAGUGGAGGUUACUGACAAUGCCCUUGUUAAUAUCUACCCAGUGGGGGAAGAUUACUAUGCCUGCACAGAGACCAACUUCAUUACAAAGAUUAAUCCCGAAACCUUGGAGACAAUUAAGCAGGUUGAUCUUUGCAACUAUGUCUCGGUCAAUGGAGCCACUGCUCACCCCCACAUUGAAAAUGAUGGGACUGUUUACAAUAUUGGUAAUUGCUUUGGGAAAAAUUUUUCAAUUGCCUACAAUAUUGUAAAGAUCCCUCCACUACAAGCAGACAAGGAAGAUCCAAUAAGCAAGUCAGAGAUCGUUGUACAAUUCCCCUGCAGUGACCGAUUCAAGCCAUCUUACGUCCAUAGUUUUGGUUUGACUCCCAACUAUAUUGUUUUUGUGGAGACACCAGUCAAAAUUAACCUGUUCAAGUUCCUUUCUUCAUGGAGUCUUUGGGGAGCCAACUACCUGGAUUGUUUUGAGUCCAAUGAAACCAUGGGGGUUUGGCUUCAUAUUGCUGACAAAAAAAGAAAAAAGCAUAUCAAUAAUAAAUACAGGACAUCUCCUUUUAACCUCUUCCAUCACAUCAAUACCUAUGAAGACAGUGAGUUUCUGGUUGUGGAUCUCUGUUGCUGGAAAGGAUUUGAAUUUGUUUAUAAUUACUUAUAUUUAGCCAAUUUACGUGAGAACUGGGAAGAGGUGAAAAGAAAUGCCAGAAAGGCUCCCCAGCCUGAAGUCAGGAGAUAUGUACUUCCUUUGAAUACUGACAAGGCUGACACAGGCAAGAAUUUAGUCACACUCCCCAACACAACUGCCACUGCAAUUCUGUGCAGUGAUGAGACCGUCUGGCUGGAACCUGAAGUUCUCUUUUCAGGGCCUCGCCAAGCAUUUGAAUUUCCUCAGAUCAACUACCAGAAGUAUGGUGGGAAACCUUACACAUACGCAUAUGGACUUGGCUUGAAUCACUUUGUUCCAGACAGGCUCUGUAAGCUGAACGUCAAAACUAAAGAAACUUGGGUAUGGCAAGAGCCUGAUUCCUACCCCUCAGAACCCAUCUUUGUUUCUCACCCAGAUGCCUUGGAGGAAGAUGACGGUGUAGUUCUGAGUGUGGUGGUGAGCCCUGGGGCAGGUCAAAAGCCCGCUUAUCUCCUAAUUCUGAAUGCCAAGGACCUGAGUGAAGUUGCCAGGGCUGAAGUGGAGAUUAACAUCCCUGUCACAUUUCAUGGACUGUUCAAAAAAUCCUGAGCACAUUCUAGCCUAAUAUGUUUCUGGUGACAAAACCCAGAACGACAUAGUCAGGUCUGCAGUGAAAUUCUGUUCAGUUUUAGCCUGCUGUAUAUGAGUUUUAACUUGCAGAUGCACACAAUUUUGCAGUGUUUUACAGAACGCACAGAGUUGAGUAAGCAAUUCCUUUUAAAAAAAGUGCAUAUUUAGGUAAUCAUACUUUCUCUGUGAGACAGACACAUCAUAACUAAAAACUCUUUAUAUAUUUACAAUCAAAGAGCAAAUGAAUGUGGAUUUAUUAAACUGUUUUUUAUUCCUAUUAUAAAAGUGUAUUUUAGGUACCUAUCUGCUCCAGUUAUUUUUUAACACUUAAAAGCCAGUCCUCUACACCUGAUUUGUAUGUGGCUUUGCCAAGUCAAAGCAGUAUCUUGCAAAAAGGCUUAAUUAUUAAAUGUCAAACCAAACUUUUUCUCAAACCAGGGACUAUCAUCUAAGACAAUCAUUGUAAUUGUAUGCAUAUAUAUAUUAUUGUUCAAAGAUUCUCAAGUUUUAUAAACUUUAACAUUUCCAUUUAAUAUAAGCAAUUACUACUAUUUCUGAUUUUACAAUGAGGAAACCUAUCUCUAAUCCACUGAGGGCUCUCAACCAAAUAAUUUCUCAGAGAUUAAGUUAUCUAUUAAAAGCUUACAUAACAUCCAAGCAAUUACACAUAGUAGUGACUGUAAUUUUUUUGAAAAACAGAGCAUAAAAUACUGACAAAUAUAAUUUCUGUUUAAAAUCAGAGUAUGGGGUAAUAAUAUGUGUGGGGGGGGUUAUACUUUGUUGCCUCAUCUGCUUAAUUAUAUUUAAGCACCGUGCAAUCACCUGAAAGUGAAAAAAGAGAAAUAUUGUCAUUAACUUUCCAAUAUUAAUAUAUUUUAAGUAUUUAUGUUUUUAAAAUUAUUCUCUUCUGAGCUAGAUAUUGCAAAAAAAUGAAGAUUG